AUUCCGCCGUCGUCGACGUCUUCAGAUCGCAAGGAGAUCGAAAUGACAACAGUUCCAGGACAGCUUGUCUGGGAGAUCGUGAAGAGAAACAACUGUUUCUUGGUCAAACAGUUCGGUAGAGGCAAUGCCAAAGUUCAGUUCAGCAAAGAGAGCAACAACCUCUGCAACCUCAACUCCUACAAGCACUCUGGUUUGGCAAACAAGAAGACGGUGACCAUUCAAGUAGCUGACAAGGAACAAGGUGUUGUACUUGGAACAACCAAGACCAAGAAGCAAAACAAGCCUAAGCUCUCUGUUAACAAGUCUGUCCUCAAGAAGGAGUUCCCUAGGAUGGCUAAAGCUGUUGCCAACCAGGUUGUGGACAACUACUACAGGCCUGAUUUGAAGAAGGCAGCACUUGCUAGGCUCAGCGUGAUCAGCAAGGGUCUUAGAGUCGCCAAAUCUGGUCCCAAGAGGAGGAACAGACAGGCUUGAAGAUAUUUGGCCACUGAAUGAAAUAUUUUAUCUCUAAGAACUCUUAUUUUGCGAGUUUCAGACAAUGCUUGUAGUUUAAAUAUCUUUCCUGAACAGUUUAGAGUUUUGCUUGGAACAGCUCCAUUGUUAUCCAUUUUUCACAAAAUUAUAUUACAAAAGUACUUAUAU